AUGAAUUCCGGAGAAUCUGAUAGUGAUUCUAACAGCAGAUCUUUGGAAUUCGAACAACCUAAGACGAAAAAACAAAAAGUAAAAUAUGAUCAGAAAUAUAAAAAAGAAUGGGAGAUGGAAGAACCUUUCAAGAAAUGGUUAGAAUCAGAUAAAAAAAAUAAAUGUGGUGCUUACUGUAAUGUGUGCAAUAAGACAAUAAAAGUGAAGGCGGGUAAAAUGCAAUUAUAUAGACAUAUGGAAACAGCAAUGCAUCAGCGUUUCAGCAAAAGUAUGAAAAAACAAGUUAACCUAUCUGACAUAACCAAAUCUUUAGCCAAUCAAGAUGAGUUUAAGAAAAGAGCUGAUUUAUAUUUAGUAGCAUAUAUUACAGAACAUAAUUUAUCGUUCAAUUCGAUAAAUCAUCUUCCUUCUCUAAUUAAAGCAAUUUGUCCUGAACAUGAGAAUGCAAAAAAAAUUCAAUGCCAUCGUACCAAAUGUACAGCAAUAAUAAAAAAUGUAUUGGGCAAAUACCAACUCCAAUUACUAACACAAUGUUUAAGAACAACUACUUUUUCAUUAAUCGCUGAUGAGUCAACUGACAAAGGUUGUACGAAGCAUCUUGGAAUAAUUGUCAGAUAUUUUGAUGGUGAAAGAAUAAAAGACUCGUUUCUUGCAUUAAUACCUAUGAAAGAUGCAACGGCAGAUGACAUUUAUGAACAAAUUAUUAAAUUUUUCAAGACGCAUAAUAUUCCUAAGAAGAACCUAAUUGGCUUUGCCUCUGAUGGAGCCAAUGUAAUGGCAGGCCAGAAUAAUUCUGUGAUGACUAGGCUAACACGAUGUUUAGAUUUCUUAAUCGAAAGUGUCAAGCAGAUCAAUAUCCGAUUUGAUUUCGCAAAUGAUGUUUUACUAAAACUAGAGUUGAUUAACCCUGAAAAUGUUAAAAAGGGCACUUCGACUUCGAUUAUUCCCUUGGCAAUGCAUUUUCCAAAUUUGAUAAUAAAAGAGGAUUAUCAGAAGUUAGAUUCAGAAUGGCGGCUACUAAGAAAUACUGAAAUCCAGAAUUUCAGCGACAAUGGCGAAGAGUUUUGGGUUUCAGCACUGAAAGAAAAAUAUAAUGACGGCACGCCAAUGUUUGGAACAGUGAGUAAGUUUGCUAUUCAAUUACUUUCUCUUCCUCACUCCUCCGCAAACGUUGAAAGACUAUUUUCCCAAAUCAAUCUAAUAAAAACCGAUUCAAGAAAUUUGAUUUCAUCUGCUACUCUUUCUGGACUCUUACAUACAAAACAAUACUUAAACGGUAAAAGUUGCUACAACUUGCCUAUAUCAAAAGAGUUAUUUAAACUACAUUGUAAUAAAAUGUAUAAGAAAGAUAAAGACUAUGAAAUAUUAACUGAUUCUGAAGCUAGCGAGACUGAAGAUUAA